AUUUUUGUAAUUUUAUUGUAAUUCUGUUUUAACACCAUUAGUCUCCAAUUCAAUUUUAUAUUGCUAUUGACUUUUGCUUUGCGAAUUUUUGUACCUGUUCGCCUUUUUGUGAUUUGAACUUGAAUAAAUAAACCUGAAUAAUAGUAUAAAUUAUCCAAAGGCAGUUUUCAUGCAAGAAGGUGUUUGAUAGGCAGUGGCGUAACGAUGGUGCUGUGGGGCCUGUGGCUUUCUAAAUUUGAAGUCUUGGUCGCCAAUGCCAUCGUGGGAUUUUACAUGUGCUAGCUUCUUGUAUCUACUGCCCUCUCUGAACGGUAGACACUUUGAGCACAGUUUGUCAAUCCGGAAGCGUAAAUUUUGACCGUGAAGUUGAUAUUACAUAAUUGGUGACCUGGGGAAGAACAGAAUCAUUCAAUGCGCAACACUUUCCUUCUGCUUUUGUGCAUGUACCUUGCUUGUUAGCUCUGCGAUGUCAAAUGUUAGUUCUAUGUAGGUAGGUCUAGAUCUACGAUAAGUACAAGCCGCCUUAAUAAGGCUAUUGAGGUGUAGUUGUAGUUGCAAGACUGUUUGAUUUCACUAAAUUUGACAAUUGUAGACCAAAAAUGUUGGAUGAAUUAAAAGUAGUCAAAAGAAACACAUGUCAUUCAGUAGACACAUGUUCUUGCUGGGAGCUUAUUUUUAAUCAAAUGUUUUAAAUGACAAAAUAAAUUGUAUGAUAUCCGUGGCGGAUCCAGAAAAUUGAAAUAGUUAAGGGUUGGGGGACUUUCACAGAUGGAGGAUCUCACCUCGACCACACCUUUGUUGGGGCUGAAGAGGUAAGAAAAUUUAUGAUUAUGCCAGUGUUAAAUGGCUAGAAAUGGCACACACAAACCUAAAAUUUGAAUAUAAUUUCUUUUUAUCUCCAUUUUUUGAAAAAUGACAAAUUUAGGGGGCCUGGGUCGACAGGGCCCCUUUAGUCCUCGACUGGAUAUAAUGAUAUAUGUUCUCGACUGGAUAUAAUGAUAUAUGUCCUACAGUCUAUUUCAGAGACACAUUAUGCUGUGUACCAACAAAGGUUUUUAGGGUCGUAGUGCUAGAUGGAGGACCCUUUGGGUAGGGGCCCCGAAGGGUAGGGGUUAAGGGCCUAGCUGACCGCCGCACAAGAGUGCAUAGCCGCUACUCCACUUUUGAUAGGAGGAGGAGAAAAGCCAACAUCUCUCAGUCUAUUUGGGAGCAUAUUCAAAAACUACUGGACUGAUUAGAUCAGGAGUAAGAUGCAGAUUUUAGGAAUAUUUUUUCCUGCCGCAACAGCUAGAGCCAACUUGCAGGCCAGAUUUUCCAUAGCUGGCAUCGGUAUCAUUAUCAUUGAUAUUAUUGUUGUUACAAUGAUAGUUAUUAGUGCUUUUAUCGUCGUUAUAGUAGUUAUAAUCAUUGUUAUUAUGUAGGAUGAUGUUAAGUUUGUGAAGCUAAAAUUUCAAUAUUAUACUGUUUUGCGUUGUAUUUGUUUUUUAUAGGUAAUUUUAAAAGAGAGACCGGGUUAUAUCGCUAUCUAGGAGGCAGUACACGAGCAGAUGACGAUGUUUAUAUACUGCCAGAAAACUGUAAACAUAUCUGCGUUGCACUGAAGAGAGCCAUCAAUAAACAAAAUCCUGAUGGAUCAUGGUCGUUUUCAUCUAUCCAGGAAUUGACAAGACUUGACAACAUUAUUGCGGGCAGAAAUCGUCCAGUUUUCUUGUGUACAGCAGUAGUAGCCAGUUUACUAGAAUUGGUGCUUUUAAACUGGAAGAGAAUCUGCAAAGCCCUGUAUAAAUUUCAAGUAAAUAGUUUUUAUGAAAAAGCAUUUAAUUGUCUGAUGGAGGCUGAAUCAUUCCUUCAGAGUAAGAGUUUUUCCGAUGUACCCAAAUUGUCGACAGAAGGACAAGACAACUGGUUGGAAUAUGUAGAGAUUCAAAUUCUUCAUGCAUCAGUACCCACAGAUCUGGGUGUUAACAGUUCAUUGAUUGUUGUUCCUGAAAAGUUAAUAAGUUUUGAACAAAGAAUGAAGGUUUUGAAAAAGUCACAACUGUGGCUGAAGAAGCCAUUUUGGACAGUGUCAUCAGCCAGCUUUUCUGUACUCUUUGGCAUCAGGCGGAGGAAGAUUGUUGCUCUUUUAAAGCAGUCAGGUAUCAAAGAACUAGAUUUGAAAAUUCAAGAAGAAGUACACUCCAUGUUAGCCCUAGCAAUUGGUAUCCGGUCAAUGUCAGCACAUAAUAUUGAUGAUGGAGUCACUUCUACGAUGGUUGAAACAGUGCAGUCAUGGCUGCAUGAGAAGGAGACAGCCAACCCUGGGCUAGCCUCACAACUUAAACUUGGAGGUGACUGGCUGGAUGUAGCCUCAAAGAUGUGUAAAUAGAAUAAGUAAUUGGCAGGGUGUGCAGCCUAAAUACUUAACCGGUUACAUGGUUGUUAAACAUUGAAUAAGAUAAUAUUUUUUCCAAAAAAAAACAUUUGCCAGCAAAGACAUUACAUUGUAAUACUAUAAGAAACAAUAUAUUAUCGUAAUGAAUACAAAAUUUCAGUAAAAUUAUUAAAGAGAAGAAACUGCAAAAAAAUGCUCACCAUAAGAAACAGUGGAAAUUCAUUAUCUGAGUGUUUCUUAGUUUCAAAACUUUAUAAAAAAAAAAAAAAAAAAAAAAAAA